ACGAAGUCAUCCGUUUGAUUUUCCGUCUUUAUUCCCUUCACAAAUCUUGAACAACCUUUCACAACCUCUCUCCCAUGGCUGCUCUGGGACAUCUGCCUGAAGAAGUGAUGAUCGAGAUUCUCUCCAGGCUUCCGCCGGAGUCUCUGCUUCGAUUCAAGACCGUUCGAAAAUCCUGGUAUGCUCUAAUCAACGACCCUAAAUUCGCGACCAUAUAUUUCUCCAAUUCUCCUCAUCAGCAGAAACACAUUCUUGUCAAGCGUCUUGUUACCAAGAACUCUGGCAAGCAGGAAAAUAUCUUCUCCUUCCUCAACUUCCCCCUUCCCUUCGAUGGAUCUGUGCCGGUUUACGAUGUCGAUUUGCCAUCCGAUGAGGAUCUUCGAUAUUCCCAAAUCUGUGGCCAUUCUCACGGUUUACUCUGCCUCACCGAUCUUGGUACGGACAUUUUCCUCUGCAAUCCAGCCACCAGAGAGUUUCAGAAACUACCGCGGUCGAUUCUCCUCCUCACCGAACCCCCCACUGAGCCCGACGGGUACGAUUCGUCCACGAAUGCUGUCGGAUUUGGGUACGAUUCGAAAUCUAAGGAUUUCAAGGUGGUUAGGGUUGUGGAUUUUAUGGAAGGAGUGUGCCAUUUUUACCCUUCGAGAGUGGAAAUUUAUGAUUUGAGUAAAGAUAGAUGGAGAGAAAUUGAGACUCCUAUUUGUGGAUCUGUAUUUUGGAUGCCUUCCUUUGAGAUGUAUCAUGAAGGAACAUAUUAUUGGUGGGCAAAGACAGGUGAAGGAGAAGAAAUUAUACAGUCAUUUGACAUGAGUGAGGAGGUUUUCGGGCGAAUUUCGAUGCCAGAGAGUUUCAAGCGGGGGGACCGUAUGUAUAGAAGUAUGGGGGUUUUGAAUGGAUCGAUUGUUCUAUUUCAUUAUCCAUCGGAAGAGGGUGAAAAAGAGUUCGAGAUUUGGGAGAUGGAGAAGGAUGAAUUUGGUGGGGUUUCAUGGUCAAAGCUGCUCACAAUUGGGCCUCUUUUUGGAAUUGGGAAACCGUUGGUGUUUGUGGGUUCUAAUGAACUCUUAAUGGAAUCAAUUGAAGGGCAGGUGGUUUUGUACAAUACUCGAACCAAACAGUUGAGAGAGCUUCCCAUGAAAGGGAACCCAGAAGAGUUUCAAGCUACUCAAGCUACUGUUUUUGUCGAGGGUUUGGUGUCUGUGAAAGGAGGAAAUAACCUGAAAUAUGAAAUUUGAAUCUAAGUUUUAGUUUUUACACCAGACAUGUACUUUUGAAUUCAUGCUUUAGCUUUUACACAAAAUCAUCUAUUUCUUGUACACUCCUACAUCCCUAUGUGAGCGUGAUUUUAAAACUAAUGGUGAUUAUGAUAAUAACAAGUUACACCGUUAUGGCUUUUAAAAUAAGCAAUA